AUGCCCACAGCCCUUUACGCAGCAGGCCACAACGCCUGGAACCAACUACAAUUUAAUCUCAACCCCUCCACUAAAAUCCCCGAACCAGACGACAUCCCAACAUUCACUUGUGUCCUGCGCGUGGAUGAAGCAAUCGAGCGUGUUAGAGCAUUUCCUACAUAUACAGUAGUCUACACUAAAACUGGCCGCCAUCUUGCCGGGUCAAUGAGUAAAGCUCACUACCACCUCCUCACAACAAACCCCUCCCUCUACGAUUCUUUCAUCGAAUGCUCUAACGGAACCGUCGUCGUCCCCUACUCCACCGGCUUUGCCUGCCUUACCUCCAGAGGCCAAGUCCUCACCUGGGGCGACGGGCGGUAUCCCGCGUGCUUAGCACGCGACGUCUCUCCUUCCCAACCCGCCCACCUCCCGGCAGCAGUUCCUUACUUAGAGGAGUUGCCUACGGGGAAGAUUACCAAGCUAGCAGCGGGGUAUGGGGGGUUAUUGCUCGGUGCGGUGACGGAAGGAGGGGAUUUAUAUUGCUGGGGAGUAGGGCGACGCCUAGGCAACGGGGUUGGUGUUGGUACCAACACGACGGAUGCAGAAGAGAACAGGGUGUUCCUCAAGGGAGUGGGCGAGGUACCGAGGCCGGCGGUCAUUACUAACACCGACACCGACACCGACACCGACACCGACACCGACACUGACACUGACACUGACACUGAUGCCGAGGAAGGGAAGGAUGUAGCUGAUGUAGCGAUUGGGUCGGCGCAUGUGCUGGUGUUGACUACGGAGGGGGAGGUGUAUGUUACGGGGGAUAAUCGAUGGGGACAGCUUGGGCUGGGGAAGGAGGUUACGAGUACGGGAGGGAGAUGGAAGAAGUUGGAUUUGAGGGGGGUUUUGCGGGAGGGGGAGGUUGUGAGGGGGGUUGUGGCUGCAGCAAAGGGUUCGUUUUUGGUUGUGGAGAGUAAGGGAUAA